ACGUCAAACUAUUUCUGUAACAAUUUGAGAGACAACAAUAUUUGCUUGCGGCUACAAUAAACACUUGACAUGGCAUCCAAUUUCCAAGAAUUUGCUUGCAUCGAAUGCAACGACGGUGAUGUUAUGGUAUGGAAACCCCUCCUUGAAAGGAAUUCCUCGACUUUAAAAGAUGCAAUUGUUUAUUUUUGUACGAUGACUUCAAAAUUGAAGGUGGAUUGCAUGCGAGGCGAUUUCAUACAGAUAAUAACGUAUUUAGUGUCGAAUGAGCUUCAUUUAAGUUCUAUAAAAAACGGCUUAAAUAUAUACAGACUCGGAAGCAUAUUUAAGAUAGAAGAAAUAAAAGAUAUUUGUAGAAACUACAUUAUUCAUCAUGUAGACAUUGAAAACAUUUGUUACAUUCACGAUUUUGCAUGCGAACACGAAGAUUAUUCGAUCCAAUAUCAUUGUUGGAUACAAUUCGAUAGACAUUGUCAGGAAAUUCUGGAUUCAGAAGGUUUCCUUUCUUGCAAGCAUACGACAAUUUCCAGAUUCGUUUCUAGACCGAUAUACACGUCACUCAAAGAAGAAAAUCUGUUUCAAGCUGCAGUCAAGUGGGCGAAAAGAAGAUAUUUAGACGAAUUAAACCAGUCAACAUCGGUCGAAGAAUUACUUAAAAUAAAAGUAGAGACUAUUCGCAAUAAUUUGAUACCUUAUCUGACUAAAAUACGCUUACUUACCUUGGAUUUAGAAACAUUAGAAAAUCACAUAUUUACAGAAAAUGUUUUAACAGCUGACGAAAUGAAUUCGCUUCGUUGUCUUUGUAAAAAUAUUCACACCUAUUGCGCAGUUCCUCCAACCAUUUGUAACAGUGAUAAACCUCGUAAAGAUGUUGUCUAUAACUCACUAAUUCAUUAUGAGUAUAAAUACAAUAUAGAUCAUGAUGAAAGGAUUAAAUUAGACGAUUCAUAUAAGUUUCAAGGAAGAUUCUACGCGGAAGAAGAUUGCUUUCUUCUAGGUUUAAAUCUACCGAUAACCCACGAAAAACCAAUAACUUUUAUGGUUGAUGUGGUUCCUGAAUCGUCGGAGGCAAAAGUAAUAAAAAAGAAACUAAUGACGUGUGAUGAAAACGGGUUGAUUAAACUAGAAAAUCCAAUUUUUGUUGUUAACUAUUCAUUCGUUACAGUAUUUGCGAAGUUUGUACAAGAGAAUUCUGAUAUUUGGAUUAACUGUCAUUCCUAUUUUAUCGUAGACACAACACUUCGAUGGAAAGAUAAAAAAAUUAAUGAAGAUAAAUUUAAGAUUUUAUACAUGAAUGUUGCUUUGUAUUUUUGAACCAAAAUUUCAAAAUUCAUCUACAUAAACGUAUAUAUAAAUAAAUGAUUUAUGCACAAAUAUAAAUAAAUUUUCAUCUGGUAACAUCAAUUAUUUUUUAAUGUGAAAUUAUUCUCGUUAAAUUUCUAGACUUUUUUCUUUUAUUUUCUCUUUGUAAACAGUUUACGUAUAUAUAAUA